AGGCCGCGGGGGCAGCGACUGCGCCGGGUUGCGGGAGCGGCGGCCGUGCCAUGUGGCUGCUGGGGCCGCUGUGCCUGCUGCUGGGCAGCGCGGCUGACAGCCAGCUGCUCCCUGGGAACAACUUCACCAACGAGUGCAACAUUCCGGGCAACUUCAUGUGCAGCAACGGGCGGUGCAUCCCGGGCGCCUGGCAGUGUGACGGGCUGCCCGACUGCUUCGACAAGAGCGAUGAGAAGGAGUGCCCCAAGGCGAAAUCGAAAUGCGGCCCAACGUUCUUCCCCUGUGCCAGCGGCAUCCACUGCAUCAUCGGCCGCUUCCGGUGUAACGGGUUUGAGGACUGCCCCGACGGCAGCGAUGAAGAGAACUGCACAGCAAACCCUCUGCUUUGCUCCACGGCGCGCUACCACUGUAAGAACGGCCUCUGCAUUGACAAGAGCUUCAUUUGUGACGGGCAAAAUAACUGCCAAGACAACAGUGACGAGGAAAGCUGUGAAAGUUCUCAAGAACCUGGCAGCGGGCAGGUGUUUGUGACUUCGGAGAACCAGCUCGUGUACUACCCCAGCAUCACCUACGCCAUCAUCGGCAGCUCCGUCAUCUUCGUGCUGGUGGUGGCCCUGUUGGCGCUGGUCCUGCACCACCAGCGGAAGCGGAACAACCUCAUGACCUUGCCGGUGCACCGGCUGCAGCACCCUGUGCUGCUCUCGCGCCUGGUGGUCCUGGACCACCCCCACCACUGCAAUGUCACCUACAACGUCAACAAUGGCAUCCAGUACGUGGCCAGCCAGGCCGAGCAGAACGCAUCAGAAGUGGGCUCCCCGCCCUCCUACUCAGAGGCCUUGCUGGACCAAAGACCCGCAUGGUACGACCUUCCUCCGCCGCCCUACUCUUCCGACACCGAGUCCCUGAACCAAGCCGAUCUUCCCCCUUACCGCUCCCGCUCCGGCAGCGCUGACAGCACCAGCUCCCAGGCCGCCAGCAGCCUCCUGAGCGUGGAAGACACCGGCCACAGCUCUGGGCAGCCUGGCCCUCAGGAGGGCGCUGCCGAGCCCAGGGACUCCGUGCCCAGCCAGGGCACCGAAGAAGUGUAAAAUCCGGUUAUUCCAAAGUCCAUGUGGGUUCAUCUGCUCUGACUUGUUACCAUCCUAACAACCUGCACUCGUGGGAAGCUCUUCAAGGCGCCUCAAGGAGUGAUGAGGGGUGUCAGCUGUCUCUGUUCCUUCCUCCCUCAGAUUUCAGGAUGUUCUCAGGAGGGUGACCUGGCAUUCCCCUGGCCUCUAGUUGACAUGAUGUAUACUGUGCAUCUUUUCUGGGAGGUCACCCCUCCGCUGGGGCCGGGGAUCACAGCUUCACGCCUCCCACUGUUCUGCUGCUGCCAUUGUAAUCUGGCCGAGUAGGCAGCCCCACGAACCAGGGUAUGAGUAGCCCCGAGAAGCAUUCUUUCUGUGCCGUGUUGGGCAUUCCAAAAGGGCAGGGGACACUGGGCCACAUUCUCUGUGGGCUGCCAUCUGGUAGCUGUGUUGGGGUUUUGGUCUCGAAACCAGGCAAGCGUGGAAACCUUGCAUUAUCCUGUGCUUAACUCUCAGUUCAGGGGAGGCAGUAGCCAGAGAAAACCUUUGACAUGAGUUGAGCUCGUCAGUAAUCAGCCAUGUAAUUUUGGGCUUGUGAAUGACCGUGAAACUGCCUACUCUGGAUAGAUUCUGGCUGUAACGUUUUGCCCGAGAAUCCUUGUUUUGAGAGCUUUCUCUGGCAACAUAUUGCCAGCCUCAUCCCCGAAUAGGCAGGACAUCCCCACCAGGGGUCUGUCCAAGUUCGAGACUCCUGAAGUGCAGGCUGCCAGGGGCCGAGCCCAGCUUUUGUCCACAGUCCCUUCCUGGUUCCUGGAUCGUCAGCCUCCCAGCUGCGGCCUGAUUGCAGCCAAGGGGUGAACAUCCGGCUGAAGCUGGCCGAGUGUCCGAUCUGGCCGUCUGUCCCUGUAAAGCACACCCAGCCUGCCAGGCCUGUUCAUGCAGUUUCAACACUAGCCUCCUAAGUUCCCUUAACACUCAGAAGAUGUUUCACAUGUGUAUUUGGACUUGGCAUCAGUUGCUAACACAUGAGAACCGUAUCAGCACCUCCCACCAGAGCUGCCAGCUCCCUGCACUGCACACACUCCCCACUGCAAAGCCUCAGUGUAGGGUUAGGGUUAGAGUGGGUUAGGCCUCUUCGAACACCCUGUAGUUUCUCCCCCGAGAGACAUGGACAUGGACAAUUUGGAGUCAGGAUUUGCCAUUUGGACUUUUUUUUUUAUCUUUUAGAAAUGCAUUUGAAAUGGUGUGUUUGUUUUUUCCCUUCCAGUUAAGGGACUAUUUAUAUGUGUAUAGGACAGCUGUCGUUGUCGUUGUUUCUCUAGUGAGGUCCAAAGAAUGAUGCUAAAGGAGGUCACACCUUUGUCCCGUUGAUCCCUGAUAACAGGUCACAACAGACCGACCCACAUGCCAGGUGUUUGUGCAUUGUUGCACUUUGAGCUGUUAUUUAUCUAGUUCCUGGUCUCCGUCCCUGCUGGCUUCCUCCUUCUCUCUGCCCCGCCAGCCGCAGGGCCCACCCCCUGGGGAACAGGCUGGGUAGAAACCUAGGUGUUAUUUGGCAAGAAACAGACAGGGGACAAAACUGGAACUGGGGGGCCACUCUGGGCAGCUGCUCCCCAUUCGGGGCUUCUCCCCACGGCCCAGCAAACUCGCAGUAGCUUCUGUGAUGCUGACCCCGUGGACCCCGCAGAGGGGAAUGAAGUGGUGUCAGUGACCCUGUUCUGCGGGCUCCUUUUUUCGAACCAGACCCAGAGGGUGUUCCAGGAAAGCUAACCACUUGGUGAUGUCUUUCUUUUUUAAGGAAAGGAACCUAGUUGCUUGCAUCCUUCAUUUUUAAAAUAACACUCUAGUUGUUUUCUGAGAAAUCCAACGAAGAAAGAAGUUUUGGUGGCAGCCAGAGUACACUAGACAUUCGGGCUGAACGUCUCACCUGCUGUGAGUCAGGAUGGUUUGACUUCUGCCUGGGAUGGGCCCUCCUGUCUGGUGCCCUGGACGUUGUUCCGGGGAAAGCGUUCUGAUGUUAAUAGGAGUGCAGUGAAUUCCGCUCUCGCACAUUUGCUGCUCCCAGGCCCUUUGGGAAAACAAAUGGUGUUAGUAGGUGAAAGGAGCCUGUUUAAUGUUUUUUAAAACACAGGGAUGCUUUUGUUACAGAUUUGACUUUUUUAAUGAAUGUUUCUAAAAUAUGUUAAUAAGACACCAAAGCUGUGGGGGGUUUGGGGAUUUUUUUGCCCUCUACUCAAGAUAGCAAAUUAGGUGGCCCGCGAUAUUUUUUAACUCAUUCCAGUCAGGAUAUUUUUUUAUACGCUGCCUAAAUCUAUGCCAACUGGAAAACCAUCUCUGUUCUCUUUUCUCAAAUGAGGUCAAUGAGUCCUUCUCAUUUUAGCCUUAAAACACUUCCACUGUGAUAGCUAGUUCCUCAUCUGAUUCAACUCCCUCUAAUUUGACAUUGACACUUCUAAAAAAAUGCAACUAAGUGGUUACUGGUCUGUGAUGUUCAAAGUUGAUCUAAACUGGAAAGAUUGUGUGCAGGCUUUUUUUUUUUUUUUGGUUAGGUUUUUUUUUUUUU